AUGCUUUCAUAUCAUCUUGAUAAUGAAUUUCUUGGAACGGAAAAUGUAAAUGUAGAUUAUAUGAAUAAAAGAUAUAUUUUCAGGUAUCCAUGUACAUCAAAUAGUAAAUGCACAGAUUAUGUUGUUAGUUUAUCGGCUGGUGUGUACAAGUUUGAAUUGUAUGGAGCAUCUGGAGGUUCAAAAGAAGGAAGAAUUUCUACAUUCAUUGAUUCUAGUGGAAAUUGCAUGAGUCAAAGUAUUGUUUCUACAUUCGGAGGAAACACAAAAUGUAAACAGUUGAACAGCCGAGGAGGAUCAGGGGGAUAUAUCUCUGGAAUAAUAAAAAUUUUUAAACAAACAACCGCUUUUUUCACAAUUGGUGGGCAUGGAAUCUAUAAGUAUAAUAAUCAGGUAGCUAAUACAGAAGAUUGCUAUUUCACACAAAAUAUGAUCCCAGGAGGAUAUGGUGGGGGAGGUUAUGCAGCUAAUUGGUAUCUAAGCGUGGAAAAUAAUGGGGCAGGGAGCGGAGGCGGCCAAACAUGUGUCAAAUUUGAUAAAAACGAUCUCUGGCACCGUGUGAUUGUGGGCGGUGGUGGAGGAGGUUCGGACAACUCUGCAAGUGAUUUUAAUAUAUUUCUUCAACAAGAUGAUGGCUCAGGUGGUUCAGGAGGUGGAAAAAUAUCACAAGGUUAUUGGGUUAAUGGAGCUUAUAAUGGUGAAAGAUUGGCAAAUUCAACAUUUGGCUUCAGUUUUGGAUAUGGAGAAUCUCCUCGACAAUAUUCAUCAUUACAUAAUCAAGGAGUGAAAUCUUCUGAAGGUGCAAGCGACCGUCCAGGUGCAGGAGCUGGUUGGUUUGGAGGAUUCGCAGGAUUGAAUGGGAAUGGAGGUUCGGGUGGAGGUAGUUCAUGGGCAUUGACGAAAGCUUUGGAUUAUCCUAAAGGAAAUAUCAUAGUUUAUGAUAGUUUCCAUAAUUAUAUUGGGAGUCAAAAAUACGGAUUUGAUUCCACAAGUCCAUAUUUUUUCGAUAAUGUUCGGAGUUACUCUGGCAUUUGGGAAGGUAAUGGAAAGAUCAUCGUCACAAUCUUGAACCCAUUGAAAUGUAGCAAAAUGUAUUAUUCAAGAAAUCAUUAUUUACUUAUGUUAGGUCUUGCAUAA